AUGCGCCCCCUCAGCCUCCUUAGCCUCCUCAGCCUCCUCGGCAUAUCGGCAGUGUCCUCCUCCCUUGCUGGCCUGGCUCUGGCUCAGGCUCAGGCACAAAAUGCCACCGCAAACGCCACUUGCAAUACCGGCAUCCAUAUGAUAGCUUCGAGAGGCAGCCUCGAGCCGGCCGGAGCGGGACUCAUCGGCCUCGUCGCCAACAAUGUCAGCGACAAGAUCUCGGGAUCGGUCGUCGUCCCGCUGGAAUAUCCCGCCACAAUCUCAAACUACUCAACCUCCGAGGCCGCUGGCGUCGAGGCUCUGACAGACUUGCUCACUUCAUACAUUGCCCUGUGCCCGUCGGCCAAAAUCGCCCUGCUGGGGUAUUCUCAGGGCGCCCAGGUCACCGCAGACACUCUCUGUGGCACGGAUGAUGGCAAGAACUUCAAGUUGACACCAGACCUGUCCAGUUCUUAUGAAGACAACAUUAUCGCCGUCGUGCUGUUUGGCGACCCUAGUCAUGUCGUCGGGGCUGCAUGGAACGAGGGCACAAGUACACGGAACGGGAUCUUUCCGCGGCAGAAUAACUCUGCUUGUGACCCGUAUUCCAGCAAGAUGCGCUCGUGGUGCGAUACCGGCGACAUCUACUGUGACAGUGGCAACAACACCAAGACGCACGGCACAUACUUUGCCAAUUACACGAUGGAUGCGGUCAACUUCAUCAUUGAGAAGUUCAACGAGACCCUGACCGGAUCUGAGUCUGGAUCUGGGUCCGGGUCUGGGUCCGGGUCCAAUGGCACAGAUGGCGGUGGCUCCUCUGGCGGUGGCAGUAACUCGACAGGCUCGGGAGACUCAAAGGCACCAUCUGUGUCAGUGCCUGCCUUGCCAGUGCUUCUUGCUAUUUUGGUCUCCAUAGUAGGGCCAGGGGCUUUCAUGUCGUAG